AUGAAUGGUGUCAACUCAAGGCAGAAAGCAACCCACAAACUCAAAGGAGGCACUAUUUCUAUUGAAGGAAAUAAGUUUCGUUUACCCCUGGUAUAUGCCUUUGACAUGAGGACUGGAGAUGGAAUUGAUAUGCUCAUCGACAUAUCUUUCAUCAGGUCAAUGAAUGGCGGAAUACAAAUAGAAGGCAAUGAAAUUACCUUCUACAAAAAGGUAACCAAAAUUCAAACAACGCCACAAACCGAGGUUACGAAUGUUGCCAUCGAAGAAUUGGAACUAGACGAGUACAUAUAUCAUGAAGUUCAAAAUGAUACAUUAUUCACGAAAGAGGAGGGUACGAAUUUGCAUGAAGAAUUCAGGCCUAUUCUUGAUAGACUUAAGCAACAAGGGUAUGUUGGUGAAAACCCAUUGUUACACUGGAAGAAAAAUCAAGAACUCUGCAGAAUUGAAGUGAUCAAUCCCGAAAUCACUAUUCAAGACAAGCCACCGAAGAACAUAACUCCAGCAAUGGAGGCAUCAUUUAAGAGACACAUAGAUGCUCUCUUAAAACUUGAAGUCAUACGCCCAAGCUCUAGCAGACAUAGAACCAUGGCUAUGAUUGUCAACUCAGGGACAACUGUUGACCUUAAAACAGGAAAGGAAACCAAAGGCAUCAAUACGCUUCUGAAAAGAAUUGGAAGCUUCUGA